AUCUGCCACCGAGAGCGGCCGUACGCUUACGGCGCAUAAGUUUAACACAUUUCAGUGCCUAAAAACACAUGAAACUAUAAAUAAAAUAAAUAUUAAUGUGUAAGUGCAGCAACGCAACAAUGCCCUGAAGUGCAGCAGUGAAGAAACAUUUUCUAAACAGGUACAAAAAGUCCUGGGCUGUAAAACGAAUACCGCUGCAGUGAAAAAAAAAGUGAAAAUUCGAGAGUAUGGUGUCAGCUUAGCGAGUACGGCGACCGUUGCAUGUGUGUGUGCGUGCGUCUUACGUUGCGCUACGUUACGUUCCAAGUGAAAUUUCUUGACAAUUGGCAGCGGCAAUUGAAUUUGUUUAUUUUCUCUUAAAGCAACGCUACACAGAACAUAGCAACUGCCCGCAAAUGUUGUUCCCGAAAUAUGAUAAUGAAAGAUGCACGAAUAUGACAUAUAUGAGCUGAAAGAGGAACAAGCACGUCUUCCGCCAACCACCAGCCCCAAUAACAGAAGUCCAAACAACAAGCAACAUAAGAAUAUUUCGCCAAAGUCAGAAACUAUACAGACAACGAAAGCUUCCACAAAAUCCACAGCCACAGACACCGACGAACCGUCGUCGCCAACUUCAACAUACUCGGCCAUUUAUCCAGCAGUUCAGGAGUACGUGGAUCAAGUUGUACAGCCGCCAACGCCAGCGCCCAAAGGCGUUGAGGUGGUGCCGAAGCGCAAACGUCAGCGUCGCGUUUAUGUGGCAGAGUUUUCGCGCUGUGCCAGUCUAAGAUCCCGUCAAGCAGCGCCAGUUGAGGUACUCGUGCCGGAGACAUCGGAGACAACAGCUCCGCCACCGCCACCGCCAUCGGCACAGACAUCACCCACGCCCACAGAGGCGACAGAGUAUCAUAAGUAUAUAAAACUAGAACAUUUUAAGCCAGAGUUUUGGAAUCGCAUUGAGGAGGAGCCGGAGCCAAAGUUAACUGGCAAAAAGAGACGCGGCGGCGUCGGCGGUCGUAACCGAAAGCGUCGCAACAGGAUUGAGCUAGAUUUGAAUUUCUCAGCGGAGACAGCGGCGGCCAUUGCGGCAGCUCAAAUUGAGCUUGAUUCGGGCAAACCGGUGUCACGCGCCUUUCAUAAACGCAAACGCAGCUGCAACAUGUCCCUAUACGAUCGACGCUAUCAGACGUCCAAUGACGAGCAGCGGCGCGUGGCCAAUGGUUAUGCACCAGUCGGUAGUGGCCUGCGUGCCGGCAAUGCAGCCGGUGCACCCGAAGUCGAUACACCAGAACUGCAGAGCCAUCAGUAUUAUGUGCCCGCCACUGGCAGCAAUUUAAGCGGCGCACCCACUGGCCCCGGACUCAAUGGCAGUGGGGUUACGGCUCUGAAUCAUGUGCCCGCCAUGGGUACACUGUGUAAUAUUGGCAAUACAUGCUAUCUGAAUUCCGUGGUGUAUACGCUACGAUUUGCGCCGCACUUCUUGCAUAAUCUGCAUCAUCUCAUUCAUGAUCUGCAUGUGGUGCAGCAGACAAUAGUGCGCCGGCACAAUGCCAAGUCGGCAUCGCUGGGCCGCAAUGUGAGCGGCGGUGGUCAAUUAGAGCAUGCGCGCAGCUGGAGCAGCAAAGAUCUGGCCAACGCCGAUCCGUACAUUAGCAGCACCAGCAAUGGCAGCGGCAGCGGUAGCGGCAGCGGCACCAACAGCACCAGCAGUGGCAGCAGAAAGUCAUCACAUCAAUCGGUUAGCGAGAAAUUGCAUGAGCUGUAUAACAACCUGCACGGCAAUGAGAUGAUCGAUUCGAGUGAGCCCUACCAUGCGGACACCCUGCUGCAUGCCAUACAGGAUGUCAAUGCCACCUUCGAGGGCAAUCAGCAACAGGAUGCGCACGAGUUUCUAAUGUGCGUACUCAAUUGUAUACGCGAAACGAAUCAGUCGCUGAUCAAGGCCAUUGGCGAAUGUCCAGAAGUCAUUGCGAAUGGCUACAUUGCCAAUCCAGAUGAUACGGACACGGUUGAUGCACUGGACCGCACGGAUGCGGGCAAUCAUGCGCUGAUGGGCGCCUCUGGCAAUGGCUCUAUAGCAACUAGUCAAACUCAAAGUACCACGACAACAAAAACAUCAUUUUUCUCACGCAAAUCAAAGAGAAAAGACGAAGUCAAAUCCUCGAAAGCGACACGAUUGCAGUCACCGCUCAAGGAUAAUAGUCCAACAACAGCCGGCGGCGGUGGCAUGGCAAGCACACAUGCCGCCGCCUCCAAUAGUCUUUUCUAUUUGAAUACAGUCGAUCUCAGCGGCGCCAGCGCUGCGGCAACAGCUUCAGCUGCAUCGAACGCACCAGCAAAAUAUUCCAGUGAUGAUGAAAUUAAUACGGCUAGUCUGCUUAAGGAUAAAAUGCGUCUGGAGGAGCGUAUACGUGAGCUGAAUCUAAACUUCUUCAGCUCCGACUUUGAGGGCAUUGUGGUGCUGACCACCAAAUGCCUGAGCUGUGAGACAAUUACACGUCAGAAGCAGGGCAUGCUCGAUAUUUCAGUACCUGUGCCGAUUUCGGGCUAUGACAAUGCCGAAUUGCAGGAAAAACCCAGCGCCUAUAUACAGAACUCAUGCAUAACACGUGAAUAUUUUCGCGGCGAUAAUAAAUACAGCUGCAAUCAGUGUACGGGGUACACUGAGGCCAUACGCUCCAUAUCGUACGAGGUGCUGCCGCGUCUAUUGGUCAUCCAGCUGAAUCGUUUCUCGGGCGGCAUGGAGAAGGUUAGCACCUAUGUGCCCACCACAUUCACGCUGCCCUGCUUCUGUGCCAAGUGCUGUGAGCUGAGCGAUGCCAACAAGCUGCAUGUCUAUAAGCUGUACAGCGUUAUCACGCAUGUGGGCGCCACGUUAACCGUGGGUCAUUAUAUAGCAUACACCUGCUUUCUGGAUUUGGCCAGUGAUUAUGUCAACUGUCCCAAGGAUCGUCGCAAUGCAACAAGCAGCGCACAGCAACAGCAGUCAGCGGCAACAGCGGCAGCUGGCAAUGAGAAUGCGGCGCCGAGCAAUAAUGGCAGCAGCAGCAUUGCCAGCACGCCCGUCGUCUCGGCGGCCGCCUCGGCGUUGGCCUCGUCGGGCACCAGCUUGAUAAAGAAAAUGAAAUUUGGACGCAGUAAGGCAUCCAGCAGCGGCGACAUGAGCAAAAAUGUGAAGCAACUAAAUGGCUUGACCAGCAAAACGAUCACCAAUGGCAUUGGCAAGCUGAGCAUGAACACAACAUGCCAUGGCGUCAACUGUUGCGCCAUGCGUCUGUGCUGUAGCCAACAGGCCAGCACCGCGGGCAGCAAUAGCGCCAGCAGCAGCGAUUUCAGCGAGGAAUCCCUGCAGAAUGGCAGCAACAGCAAUCUCAGCUAUGGCAGCGUGCCCAACAAUUGUGCGCCAUAUCCCACGGGCUAUGGCAGCACGGGACGUGGCGGUGUCAAGGCCAACUAUGCACAGAGCAGCAGCGAACCCAUUUGGUAUAUGUGCGACGAUGAUAAGAUCAAGGCGAUGACACAGCGUGAAUUCGAGGAGCUGCUGUCGCCGACGCGCAAAAUCACAAUAACACCAUAUUUGCUGUUCUAUGCACGAUUCGAUCUGCAGCAGCCGACGCAGACGACGCCGCCCAAGUCGUGCGCAUCGUCGACGCCAACACCACCGCCGGCGAUGUCGUCCGCAGCAGCAGCAGCAGCAUCGGCGCAGCCACCGCAGAGCACCUGGUCGAAUGAUAGCCUGCAAGGUGGCCUGCACAAGAUUUGAAAGGUUUUUGCAACGCUGCGGCUGGCCAUCAAAUGUAAAACGGAUGUGUCCAAAGGCAGCAUUAAGUAAGAAACUAUAUGCAUAGAGAGCAGCUAUAUGGGAACUUACAUUAAUUAACACACACACACACACACACACACAUCUAUAUAUAUAUAUAUACAAACAUAUACAUACGUCUCUUAGUUUAGGUCACACAAGUGUGCGCAUAAGUUGAAGCAGAAGUCUGUUUGUUAAACAAUGUACACGUUUAAGCUCUAUCGUUUAUCUACAUGCAUAAAGGAAACAAAAAAAGGAAACUACAUUUAAUAGCUCUUAUAUACGAAAAGAAAAUUGUUUAAAACUAAAUAACCUUAUCGACUGAAGCCAGCUAAAACCAUGUAGGCUAGUGGUCCAGUUAAAGCCCAAAGGCUAACAAAGAUUCAAUUCAAUUCGACAUAUGGCAUUUAGAAUGCAAAUUCGCGUUCAGUUUGAGAAAGUUGUACUUUUAAUUAUUUCUUCUCUAUAUUAUUUUAGUUUUAAUUUAUGUGUUUUGCAUUAAAUAUUGUUGCUAUUACUUUUCUAUGACAUUAAAAAAAGAAA